AUGUAUUCAGGAUUAUGGACUAAAAAUGGAGAACAAAUACUUCCAUCAUUUAUAUCGAUCAAUGCCAAAGUUGUAGAUUUGGCAGCACAAAUCGUCUUUACCAAGACCUAUUCAGACAUUAACAAGUAUUUCGCCACAAUGAACAAAAUGAACAGUAGCAACGAAGAGGAUGCAACCUUUAAAGCAUUUUUAAAUACAUCCAUGGGUGUAUUAUGUGGUUUCGAAAUCAAUCUCGAUGGUAAGAAGAUCACAUCCCAAGUCGUUAGUCAAGCCGAUGCAAUGAGAUUGUUUGAAAAGAAUCAAAUCAGUACUGCCGAUGAUAUCGUCAAGGAAGCCGAGUUCAACAAUUCCGAUCCACACAUUGAAGAGGAUUUCUUUCUCUGUAAAGUUAAUAACCUCUCUCAAUAUAAGGAGCUAGAAAUUAUUAUCACUUACUCCACUGAAAUGUCAACCCAAGGUGACUAUCUUUUUAUGGAAUUCCCAACUUCUCUAACUACAAUUAGAUCAAGUCAAUUCUUUGAAACUUUAGAUAAUGAAAAUAGUACAACAAAUACAAAUACACAAACUCAACCACAAUCUGUAAAUACAACCACCACAACAACACCAUCAACAACCACAGCCACAAAUAUAACAAAUAUAAAUAAUAAUAUACAAAAUAUAGGAUCAUCAACAACAGGUGGUUUAACACAUUCAACAUCAUCUAAUAAAUUAUCAUUAUCAUCAUCAUCAAUUCAAGUUAAUCAAAAACAAGGUUUAUUGAUUGAGAUGAAUUUAGAUAUGCCAUCAAAAAUCUCCGAAAUUAUUUCACCAUCACAUUCAGGUUUGAUUGAUGUCGAGUACAAAGGAGAGACUGGUAAGGUAACAUAUAAAGAUUCACGUUCUAUCGAUGUCGUUAAUCAAUCUGAUUUGGUUGUAUUGAUUAAAUUGGAUAACCCACAUGAACCAUAUGGUUUCAUUGAAGAGAAUGAAAAUGGUAGCCGUGCUCUUAUGAUUGCUUUCUAUCCUCAAUUAUCCUCUGCCGCUAUUGCCGCCUCUGCCACUACACCUGUCGUUGAAAGUGAAUUAAUCUUUUUAGUUGAUGUCUCAGAGUCAAUGGAAGGUUAUAAUAUGAAACAUGCAAAGAAAGCACUCCAUCGUUUCCUUCAUUCCCUUUCAAAGGAUACCUAUUUCAAUAUCAUUAGUUUUGCUUCAUCUCAUCGUAAAUUGUUUGCUCAAUCUGUCAAAUACAAUGAUGAAAACCUUAAAGCUGCCACUGCCUACGUAGAAUCACUCAAAGCCAUUAGCCAUGGUGAAACUAAUCUCUUGGAGCCAUUAAAAGAUAUCUACUCUGUUGAUGCAACUUGUCCAAGAAAAAUAUUCCUCUUAACUGAUGGUCGUGUUAAUAAUAUUGGUCCAAUCGUUGAUUUAGUUCGUCAAAAUGCUCAUAAUACUUCAGUUUUCCCAAUUGGUAUGGGUGAAUUCGUUUCACGUCAACUUGUUGAAUAUAUUGCAAAUGCAGGAUCAGGUGUUGCAGAAUUAGUAAUUGAAAAUGAAACCAUUGAAAGUAAAGUUAUGCGUCAAUUAAAGAGAGCAUUACAACCAGCAAUGUCAAAUAUUAAAGUUGAUUGGGGAUCAUUAUCAAGUAAGAGUCAAGCACCAAGAGAUUUACGUACAUUGUUUUUCGGUGAUCGUUUAACUAUUUAUAACAUUCUUGGAAAAGAUGAAAAGAUCGAUGGUACUACCGUUAAAUUAAUUGCAAAUGGUCCAACCGGUCCAGUAUCUUUCCCAGUUACCAUAAAGAGUGAAGAGACUAAAAAGGGUAAUCUCGUUCAUAGUUUAGCUGCCUAUACAUUAAUUCAAGAUCUUCAAGAUCAAAUCUAUGAAAAUAAUUUAGUUGAUCCAAAGGAUAUUGAUCCAAUUCGUCAAAAAAUCAUUGAUCUUGGUAUUAAAUAUGGUUUAGCUUCAAAUUAUACUUCUUUUUGCUCUGUUGAACAACCUGAUCAAUUUAAUGAAUUAUUAAAUAACAAUAAACAAUCAGAACAAGCACAAGAAACAACAACCACCACCACCACCGCAACCACAGUUGAUGAUAAUGUAGUUAUUGAAGAGAAUAAACAACCAGAACCAAUUGUAGAGGAACAACCACCAGUUUUAAAUGGCAAUAUUAAUUUACAAAAUUUAACAAUCAAUCAUGAUGGUAAAUCAAAUGAUAAUGGUUUGUUCAAAUCAAACGAUAGACUUAAAACUCAUCAUCAAGGUGAAAGCGCUAUGAUUUCAUUGAGAGGUUCUGCUAGUGGUAUCCCAACUACUUUAUCUGGUAGUGGUAUUCCAUUCUAUAAUCCAUCUUCACCAAAUCAUGAUCGUAAUAUCAAUACUACUCAACAACCAACACCAACACAAUCUACUCCAUUAAAAACACCAUUAAAAACUCCACUCACUCCAUUAUCAAAAUCUGGUCUUAAAGUUAGUUCACCAGAAUUUGUACCAAAAAAUACAUUAAGUGCUAAAGCUGCUCCAUUUGUUCCAUCACCAAAUAAAUUACCAACUACAACAACUUCAGCUCCAGCAACAACUCCAAUUACAACCCCAGCCCCAACUACUACUACUACUGAAGUUAAACCAACUGUUGCAGAACCAGUUAAACCAGUUGUUGCAGAACCAACUAAACCAGUCGUCGCAGAACCAACUAUACCAGCUGUCGCAGAACCAAUUAAACCAGUUGUUACAGAACCAACAAAACCAGUUGUUGAAGAACCAGCAAAACCAGCUGUUAAACCAACACUUUUUGAAAUGAUUAAAAUUGCUGAAGCUAAAGCUGCCGCUGAACAAAAAGCUGCUGCUGAACAAAAAGCAAUCGCUGAUGCAAAAGCUGCCGCUGAACAAGCUGCCAAACCUGUAGAACCAGCUGUUGUCCAACAACAACAACCACAACAAACCAAACCAAAAGCUGAUAAACAAUCAAAACAAAAUGCAAAGGAUAAUAAACAAUCAAAUAAACCAGUUGUUGUCGAACAAAAACCACCAGUUGUAACUGAAACUAAACCAACUGUUGCCACUGAAUCAGCUACACCAACUAAACCAACCUUUGCUCAAGCUGCUGCCGCUGCUGCUGCUGCUGCACAACAAGCUGCACAACAAGCUGCUGCAACAACUCCAGUCAAACAACAACCAACUAAACAAACUACACCAAAUAAAUCAACACCAGCUGUUGAAACUAAAUCAGUUGUUGCUGAAACCAAACCAGCAGUUGAACAACCAAAACCAGUUGAAACCAAACCAGUAGUUGAACAACCAAAACCAGUUGAAACUAAACCAGUAGAACAAACAAAACCAGUUGAAACUAAACCAGUUGAAGUUAAACCAACAGUCGAACAACCAAAACCAGUCGAAGUUAAACCAACAGUUGAACAACCAAAACCAAUUGAAACUAAACCAACAGUAAAUUCAAUUGCAUCAACACUUGCUAAUUUUGGAUUCCAAACCAAUGAACCAGCUAAACAAGCAACACCAACUCCAGCUCCAACUCCAGUACAAUCAAAUGAAUCUAACAACAACAACAACAACAACAACAACAACAACAACAACAAUAACAACAACAACAACAACAACAACAAUAUUGUUUCCUCAACACCAAUUAAAAAACCAGCAGUUACAAAUAUUUUACCAACUCAAGCAGUUAUUUUAUCAUCAGGAGGACGUCGUGUUUACAAUAAUGAUUUCUUAUUAUCAUUUAAAGAUUCAAAUACUAAAGCACCAGAUUCAUUAAAAACCACACCAAUCUUUUCAAAUGGGCCACAAGGUAUUAGCCCAUCAUCUGGAAAUGGUUCAAACAAAUCCCACUUUGGUAAGAAGAGAGGUGAUCGUGGUGGUAGAGGUGGUAGAGAUCGUAAUGCCGAUGCUGAACCAUCAACUCCAAUCAUUGUUAAGAAAGUUUUCUCUCAAGAUGUUCAAGGUACUCAUCAAGAAUUAUUAAAGAAAUUCAAAUUCAAUCUUAAUAGAAUUACAAUGGAUACCUAUAGUUCAUUGAUUAAAAAUAUCGAUGAAUUAAAAGUACCAGAUGAAGAAGCACUCAAAUCAAUCUCAAAGAUUCUCUUUGAGAAAGCAAUUAUUGAUCAAAAAUAUUCAGCCGUUUAUGCAAUUCUUGCAGGUCAUUUAGAUACAACUUUCCCAAAGUUUGCCGAACUUUCACUCAAACGUGCCAUUCUCGAUAAUUGUCAAACUGAAUUUAGUGCCGUUGUUGAUAAAUCCAAAUUUGAAGGUUUAAGUAAAGAAGAUCUCGAAGAACAAGAAUUCAUCAUAAAGAGAAGAGUUUUAGGUAACAUUAAAUUCAUUGGUGAGCUCUAUAAACAUGGUGUUCUCGGUGAAAAAGUUGCAAAAGCUAUCGUUGUUCAAUUGAUCACCAAAUGUGAAGAGAGAUUAGACGAAGAAUCCAUUGAACCAUUGGUUAAGAUUCUCAACACUAUUGGUAAGAAACUUGAUGAAGUCGAUAAGGCCAACACUGAUUUAUACUUUUCCAAAGUAACCAACAUCUCAAAUAAUCCAGUAGUUACCUCUAGAGGUCGUUUCAUUUUAUUGGAUCUUAUUGAUUUAAGAGCAAAUAAAUGGCAACCAAAGAAUUCCACCCAAACAAAAACCAAAAAAGACGAAUCAGACAAAGAAGAACGUUUCAUUGCUAAACAUGGUGGUCCACAAAAGAGAGAAAAUGAUUCACGUAGAGAUGGCGGUAGAGACUCAAGAGGUGAUGAUCGUAGAGGUGGCGGUGGUAGAGAUUCAAGAGGUGAUGAUCGUAGAGGAGGUAGAGAUUCAAGAGAUGCACCAAGAAGUGCAUUUGGUGGAAAGAGUAGUAAAGAUGGUUGGGAGACCGUUGGAGCAAAGGGAGGUAAUAAUAGAGAUAAAGGUGGACGUGGUGGUGAUCGUAGCGGCGGCAAACAAUCUCCAAGUGGUAAGAAAGAUUCAGGUUUUGGUCCAUCGUCAGGUGGUUCAAGCUUAUUUGGUAGUAGAAGAGGUGAUGAUCGUAGAGAUGGUGGUGGUAAUUCAUCACCAUAUCGUCCAGGUCAAGGAUUUGGUAGAAAGGAUGAUCAAUCAUCAUCAAUUCCAUCAAUUCCAAAUAGAUCCAAUGCAUUCAGUGCUUUAGAGGAUGAUGAUUAUCAACCAUCAACAUCACCACAACCACCAUCAGUAUUUGGUAAUCGUUCCAACGAUAGAGACUCUCGUGGUCCAUCAAAACCAGAUAAUCGUAAACAACCAGCUCAACCACCAGCCCCAGUUGAACCAGUUAAACCAAAGAUUAACUUUGAAAAGAUUGAAGAUGAUAUUUCAAUGACUUUGGAUGAAUAUGCUGAAACCCAAGAUAUCGAUGAAGCCAUCGAAUGUAUAAAAGAAAUUAACGAACCAACCGUUUUGGGUAAACAAUUCAACAUUUUCAUCAUGAAAUCAUUGGAGAGAAAAGAAAAAGAGAAACAAUUGAUCAUCGAAUUGUUCAGUGGUAUCUUAACAGCCCAAUUAUUCAAUGCCGAGCAAAUCAAAGAAGGCCUCAAAGAAAUCAUUGAUACCAUUGAAGAUAUUGAAAUAGAUCUUCCAUUCUCUGGUGUAUUCGUUGCAACAAUCGUGGGUAUUUGUAUAGAAUCUGAAAUAUUCCCAUUGAAUUAUUUAGAGGAAGCAUACGCUCAUUUGGUUGAUAGUGAUAAAGCUGAAGAGAUGAUUGUAAAUACAUUUAAUUCCAUCGUCAAAGUCUCUGAUAAAGAUCGUUUAGUCGAAAUCUAUGAAAAUACCAAAGGUCUUGAUAUCUUGAAGUUAUUCGCUCUCAAGAAUAGAAAAGUUGCCUACUUGGAAGAAUUCUAUCAAACUCAUUUCCCAUACCUCUCUCAUGAAAAAGCUGUCGAAGGUAGUAAUGAAUCAGCUUUGAAUGAACAACCAGAUCUCAUCGAACAUCUCUUAUUGUUACAAUCUGCUGAUGGUUAUUGGCAAUUGGAUAAGAAAUUGGCUGGUAUUUUAGGUAUCUCUUUAAAUAUUUUAGAAGAAGUCGAUUCUAGUGACAGUUGUGUUAUCACUACACACCCAGAGGUUUGGGCAACUUGUUUAGCUAUUACCUUUGUCAAUUUAAAUAAUGUAUCUGAUCCAGAUGAUGAAGAUGAUUUGGAAUUAGUACUCAGUAAAAGUCAUAAAUGGUUGGCUUCUCAAUAUCAAUCUGAUAAACCACCAAAACAAUCUCAAGAUGAUGUUUUAUUAAAAGCUAAAAGAUUAUUAAGUGAAGUUUUAUAA